AUCUGGCUAUAUAAAGAUACUUCCUGUAAAGGCACAAUAAAGUGUUGUUCACAGAUGUCAGUGGAACUCGAUGUGUUUGUGGGUAACACCACCAUUAUGGAUGAGGAAGUCUAUCAGUUCUGGCUGGAUGGUUACACAGUGAAUGAUGCAGUGAAGGUUCGUAUGGAGGGAGGGGUAUUGGAGGAGUGUGAGGCCAGUGCUGAGGUUUUGCGCAGUGACACCAUGGACCAGUACAGAACCUUCCAGAUGUGUGAGCGCCUCCUGCACAGCCCCGCCAAACUGGCCAAUCAGCUGCUGUUCCAGAUCCCACCUCAUCGCCAAACCAUGCUCAUAGAGAGGUACUAUACGUUCGAUGGCGUGUUUGUACGAGAGGUCCUUGGGAAGAAACUCUCAAAGGGGACCAAGAAGGACCUGGAUGAUGUCAGUGCAAAAACUGGUGUCACACUGAAGAGCUGCAGGCGGCAGUUUGAUAACUUCAAGCGUGUAUUCAAAGUUGUGGAGGAACUGAAGGGACCCCUGGUGGAAAACAUUCGUCAGCACUUCCUUCUCUCUGACAAGCUGGCCAGGGAUUACGCUGCCAUUGUUUUCUUUGCCAACAAUCGCUUUGAGACGGGGAAGAAGAAGCUGCACUAUCUUACAUUCCAGGACUUUGCCUUCUGUGCAGGGCAGCUCAUCAGCAACUGGACCGUGGGAGCAUUGGAUAACAUGGUGGAAGACAUGGACGUGGAUCUUGAGAAGGAGUUCUUACAAGAUCUAAAGGAACUGAAGAUUUUAAUUACUGACAAGGAUCUGCUGGACCAGCACAAGAGUUUGGUGUGCACUGCUCUCCGGGGGAAGACCAAAGCAUUUAAUGAGAUGGAAGCCAACUUCAAGAAUCUCUCCAGAGGCCUUGUCAACAUUGCUGCCAAAUUAACCAACACGAAAGAUGUCAGAGACUUCUUUAUUGAUCUGGUGGAAAAGUUUAUUGAGCCGUGUCGGUCAGACAAAUGGACAGCAGGAGACAUGAGGCUCUACCUCACUCACUACACUAACUCUGCACACAUUCUUGACACAUUCAAACACCAGGUAGUGUGGGACAGGUACAUGGGAGUGAUCAAAAGCUGCAUCCUCAAAAUGUACCAUGACUGAGAUGUUGCCUCGCUCAACUUCCUGUCCUCUUUAUAUCCGAGUCAUGUUGUCUUUUUUUUUCUCCUCUCUGCAGUCGUCAUAUAAAUCCUCCGCUCCCUCUGUCAGAUGUUUUCCUCCAAUCCUAGUGCCCACAUUUCUCCUUUCUUUGUCUUUCUGCUGCUUUGUUUACUUUCCUUCCUCCCUCUUUUCCCUCUCACUCCUCUGUCUGUUCUGACACCCUACUCUGCAAUGUCAUCUUGCAUAUCAUAUCAUCUGUGUUGUGUACUGAACAACAAUAUAAACGCAACAUGUAAAGUGUUUGUCUCAAAUUUUGUGCACAAAUUUGUUUACAUCCCGGUUAGUGAGCUUUUCUCCUUUGCCAGAUAAUUCAUCCACCUGACAGGUGUGGCAUAUCAAGAAGCUGAUUAAACAGUAUGAUCAUUACACAGGUGCACCUUGUGCUGGGGACAAUAACAGGUGCCGUUUGUCACACAACACAAUGCCACAGAUGUUAAGUUUUGAGGGAGUGUGCGAUUGGCAUGCUGACUGCAGGAAUGUCCAACAGAGCUAUUCCCAGAGAAUAGAUGUUAAUUUCUCUACCAUAAGCCGCCUCUAACCGGCCUCACAACUGCAGACAACGUGUAACCACUCCAGCCCAGGACCUCAACAUCCGGCUUCUUCACCUGCGGCAUCGUCUGAGGAGGGGUAGGGGGGGUGCUGAGGAUUAUUUAUGUCUUUAAUAAAGCCCUUUUGUGGGGGAAAACUCAUUCUGAUUGGCUUGGCCUGGCUCCCGAGUGGGUGGACCUAGCUCCCAAGUGGGUGGGCCUAUGCCCACUCAUGGCUGUGCCCCUGCAAAGUCAUGUGAAAUCCGUAGAUUGGGGCCUAAUGAAUUGAAUUCAAUUGACUGAUUUCCUUCUAUAAACUAAUACUUAGUAAAAUCUUUGAAAUUGUUGCAUUUAUAUUUUUGUUAGGUAUAAAUAAAGUCAACUCAUUUUA